AUGACUAUUAUUGGGUGUCUGUUGGCAGUAGCAGUAAAAAGAGAUUGGAAAUUAUACCAACUAGAUGUGAACAACGCGUUCCUUCAUGGAGACUUGGAUGAAGAAGUCUUUAUGAAAUUUCCACCAGGUGCUGCAACACCAAGUGAUUCCCAUGUCUGUCGUCUUUGCAAAUCUCCCUAUGGCCUAAAACAGGCAUCUCGCCAAUGGUAUGCACGAUUGUCAUGUGCAUUGGGAACCAGAGGUUUUACUUCCUCCCUCAAUGACUACUCUCUAUUCUUCAAAUCUUCUGGUACUCUCACCACUAUUAUCGCACACUCAAGGGUUGUUUCCACUCCACUUGACUCGAAUUUUAAGCUCACAGCAGAUUCUGGAGAGCUUUUGUCAGAUCCAACAGUAUACCGACGAUUAUUGGGAAAAUUAAACUAUCUGACUCACACUAGACCAGAUCUUUCCUUCACUAUACAGACCUUGAGUCAAUAUAUGCAAGCCCCCAGGACCGGACACUUCCAAGCUGCUUUGCAUGCUCUUCGAUACAUCCAAAAUGACCCAAGUUUGGGUCUUUUCUUCUCUUCGGAACAAUCUUUCCAAAUUCUCAGUUAUUGUGAUGCCGAUUGGGCAUCUUGUUCGGAUACUCGCAGAUCUGUGAGUGGAUUCUUCUUGACUAUGGGCAAUUGUCCCAUUUCGUGGAAAUCGAAAAAGCAACAGAUACAGUGGUAG